AUGGGUAGCUCAUCAGGAAUUGCUUGUCUGGUGGUGAUGUGCAUGGUAUUGAGUGCACCUCAUGCACAAGCAGCCGUAACAUGUGGUUCCGUUGCAAGUGCCUUAUCUCCCUGCAUUGGGUACGUAACGAAAGGUGGGGUGGUUCCACCUGCUUGCUGCAACGGAAUUAAAAACCUCUAUAAGGCCGCCACCACUACACCCGACCGUAAGACAGUCUGCACUUGUCUUAAAGGAUUCGCCGGCUCCACCUCUUAUCCAUUGGCCGCAGGAAUCCCUGGAAAAUGCGGGUCACUUAAGUCGAUCGAUCCAGGAAUAUCGCCGCCGUCAGGUCUUCACAGCCAAUGGUGGUGCAAAGUUAUCUAA